UACACCAAGAUUGUGAUAGCUAGCUAAGCUACUGUCUUUUUUGGCUGCGCAAGUAUGUCUCUGAACAAUCAAAUUUGUCAUCAUCAUCAUCAUCUUGCUCGAGCUGUGGUGAAUUUUGUGUGUGCUGCCCAUCGGCCAUUCAAAUAUUUCUUCUUCUUUUUUGGAUUCAGUACAACAUCGUCACCGAGUAGUGCAUAGGAGAAGGAAGGGUUCAUCUUGACAGCCAAGCCAAGGUUAGUGGCUUUCCCUGUUUUGUGCUCACGCGAUUUUGGAAUGCUAUGUGUGUCCACGUCCAUCUACCCGUUGUUAAUUCUGUCUUGGCCUUCAAGACUACAUACUACUUCAUUGUGAUCCACCUCCAAAGACCACCUAACAGCAGCCCAGAUUUUAAUUUUCCUGCGGCUGCUGCUUUGUGCUGCACUUGUUGUAGCAGCAGCACUACUUCAAGCACAAGUCUUGUAGUAGCUUAGCAUAGCAGCCCAGUGGCGCUCUUCUUGCAAGAGUUUUUGCUUUGUCAACUUGAAAGGUAAGUGUAGUAGUAUACCAUUCUUGGCUUAAGAUUUCCAAGCUAAACAUGUUGUAAAUACACGUGACUGUACUGCUACAAUCUGUGCUACCUCCCCUUUAUCUGGAUUAACUUGUCUUCACAUGCAUAAUUUGGUCCGUUAAAGUGAAUCUUCUCGGCAGGACAUGUCUUGUUGACAAGUUAUUUUUAAAUAUAAAUACAAGAUAGAAAGAAGAGGGGAGGCCUGGAGAGCUACUGUAAACAGGAAGUGGGGGUCAUAAUGCUUUUUGGUCAUACACUUGACUAGAAUCACGAGCCACUGUGUUGUUUCAAGUAUUCAGUCAGUUUUCGAUCUGGAUGAUAACCGUGUUGGCCCAUAUUAGCUGCAGCUAACAGAGGACUAGGGGGAAGUGCUCUUCUCCGUGCUCAAGCAUGCCGGACAGGACGGCUGUCAGCAACAUGGCCAUCAGGUACAACAACGUCAACGUGGAUGCUGCCAACAGGAACGACAUCUUCAUCGAUGCUACAGACCGCAGGGGUUGUUUUCCUUCCUAAUGCUCCUCUGCUCCAAGGAAGGGAGAUCCUUGACGCGGCCGUGCGGCGGACUCCGUCAAGGGCCUCCAUCUUCGACCCUAGCAGCUGCUGCUAUCCUCCAGUGGCUGCUCCUCAAGGCACACGCAACAUCCAACAACCCUAGCCAGAGAGGCGCUGCUGCUGCCAAUGAGUUUGGCCAACACAAACACCUCUGCUUGCUCUGUUUCUUGGUUUGGGCAUGCGAGGUCGUCUGCUCGAGCAACCCCAAUUUUACUGUUUUAUUUAGCCGUUCCACAAAACGGUGGACCUGCUUUCAGGAUGUUGGAGCUGUUGUAUUGGUCGCACCAGGGCUAGUUAAUUAGUUAGUUUUUCUGUAGAUGCAACUCUGAAUUUAUUUGCAUCAUCCACCCUUUUACUGCUGUUCAUCCGCUACUGCUAGCUCUAGGUUAGUGCUGUUGUUUGUCCGCAAUGUUCCCGCCUUGAGAAUGAAUUUGACAAUAAAAUUCGUUGCUUGCUCUGUUUGUCAACCCUUCCUUUUAUUUUCUGUUUGAUUUGGACGCCGUGUUUUGUAAAAAAUGGUAGCCUUUGAGUGUUUUGAUGCUCGACUGCUUGCUAUAUAAAGAUUUGAAUUCAGAGGUGCUCUCCUUCCUUCGUGAUAUGUUUUAGUGGUGGAAUGUUUCUUCUUUCAAAUCUCUAGGUAGAACUGACUUUGAGUCAGAAGUGCAAGUCUUACUAGUCUAGUUUUGCCAGUGGCUGGUGCUAAAUACUAUACUGUUCAUUUAUUAAUAUUGCUAGGAGGAGUCGAGCAGAGGAGAAGGGGUUCAAUGGACGACAUCGGCGAGGAUGAAGAGGACCACCGGGACAUGAGAGAUCCUACGCCUCACUAGCUCGACGACCUGACGGAACCUCUAUGUCCUGCUCAGCACGCCCCGUCCAAUUCCAUGGACGACAUCGACGACCGGGACAUGCGCCCAAGCUGAUGAGGACAUCGUCGAGUCCGACCUCAACCUCUACUAUGAGGUCGUCCACCACGACUCCCAGCAGGAGAAAGGGUCGAGCAGAGAAGGGUUCAAUGGACGGCGUUUGCGAGGAGAAAGAAGACCACCGGGACAGGAGGGAUCCCACGCCCGACGAGCUCGACGACCUAACAGAACCUCUAUGUACUGCUCAGGUCGUGAUGAUACUCUACCGGGUGGCUUCCGGCAUCGACCUUGACACCAUGAAGUACAUCCAUUUCCAAGGGAGAGCUUAUAUGGCUGAGAAGCUCGGCAUCAACAAGAGUGUCAGCCUGGAGUUGUGCAUCCUCCUCGUCUUCAAGCAUUACGGAACAACCAUGGUCGGGCUGCCGAGCAGUCUUUUGCCAGGUGCGCCUUUGGCGAUGGCGGCGCGGAGGCAACGCCGUCCAACACGAGUUUGGUCAGCGAAGAAGCUGUCUAUGUCGGCACUCACUGCCGCGCGGCUCCUCUGUUGGCCGCUUCUUCCACUCCAGCAUGUAGCGGUUAGUUCUCUGAUGUUGCUCCUCGAGGAUGAUACAUUUAGAACCCGUGGCGUUGCGUGUGACUCAGCAGAUGCAGCGACUGGAUCCCUGAUGUUGCUCCUCAAGGAAGAUGCACUUGUAACCAUGAUAUCACCUGCGCGUCAGCAGAAAGCAUUUCUGGAUGUAGCGACUCACUGUCCGAUGUUGCCCCUCAAGUAUGAUGCACUUGUAACCCGCGGCGUCACCUGUGCCUCAGCAGUUGAUUGUGAUUUCUUGCCUCCCGCGAGUGUAUCUGUUGGCCAUACAGGCUGGGCUCGGUCUCCCUGUCUUUGUCCAGCUCUCCGCUGUCACCGUGUGACGGCAACGGCUACAAACAUUAAAGGUUCCGUGUCAUGGAAUGGAUGGAUGAUAGUGAGCGAGCAAUGGAUCUCGCUGAAUACGCCUUGCCGGUCUAGAGAGUGUUGGGCUUGGAAGCGGGGACACCCAGAUGUGCGAGGAGGUGGCCAUAUUGGUUGAAGGCAGGGCUCGCUGGAUGUAUUUAAGCAAUCAAUCAACAUGCACGAGGAACCCUGUUGCCAUUGGAUGGUCUAAAGGUCUGUAGAGAUCCCAAUGUUAUGGUUCCUGUGUCUGCGUGGAAUGGACCAGGAUACUUGGGACUUGGGAGGGUAUAUACAUGCUGAAAUUGGUCCAACUGUGACUUCCCCCUCCUCACUAUGUCAAACCUUGCUUGAUAAAUCGGCCUUGAUGUCAUGACCCAUAUCAGAGAUUACAUGGUGAAGAAGCUCCGUGUCGACAAGAGCAUCAUCCUGAAGCACUGCAUCCUCAACUACAAGCAGUACGGAACCACCAUGGCUGUGGGCCGUAGGGUACCAAUUAUACUAUGGUGAUUUUCACGUCCACGGGUACUGCCUGCCAGCUGUUUGUUGGUCAAGAUUACAUGGUGGAGAUGCUCAGCGUCGACAAGGGCGUGAUCCUGGAGCUCUGCGCCCUCAGCUACAACAAUUACAGAAGCCCCGUGCCUAGGUUGUAGGCAUAUCACAGAGGGAGGCAGCAAGGAGAGAAUCUAGGAAAAUGUGAACUAUUUUAUUUGUCCUUUGCCGAUGGAUGAAUUCCGUUUGGUACCAUGUUGUGUUGAUGCUGUUCUCGAUUUGUUAUGCAUUCGCAUAUGCUUGUUGGUGGCAAGACGAGAAAAGGCGGUCGUUGAAUUGGGUUGACACAAGUGGCAAGGCGCCGAAGAGAGGCGAGAUUCAGACCGGAAGCACUGUGUAAAAUGAGCUGGACUUGCAAAUUGUGUUUAGGCUGGGUGUUGUUGAACUCAGGAACCUGUACCUGUUGAAAAUUGAUGUCAUUUACUCGUUCA